CCACGCCAGAGAACAGCCCCUUUUUAGGUCGCGCAAGACCAAAACAGAUGGCUGGUGCAUAUUUAUAAAAAAAAGAACUGCUGUGCCUUUUUCUUUUCUUUUCUUUUCUACUUUACCUCUACUCCACUACUACUAACGACAUACUGAAAUAAGAGAGAAAAAGAUGCCAGCUCAUCGAUCACGAAGUAACAGCGCACAUGGCGCUAUCACCUCCACCGCAACCGCAGCCAGCUUCAGCAGCAACAGCACUAGUAGUAGUAGUAGUAAUAGUGAUAGUAGUAACAACACGGGUGCGCACAAGCCAAGAUUGUUUCAAUGCACUGGGUAUGGCGACUGUCGUAUGGUCUUUACUCGUAGUGAACACUUGGCUCGACAUGCUCGCAAACAUACAGGAGAGAAACCGUUCCAAUGCAUUAUGCCGGACUGUAACAAGAUGUUUAGCCGAUUCGAUAACAUGAUGCAACAUACGCAAACACACAGAAACCAUCAACAGCAUCAUCUUCAGCAACAACAACAACAACCUAUGCUGCGAAGACGACGUCGUAGUAGUACCUCCAGCACCUCCAGCAGCAGCAGUGAUAAUACUAGUGUUUCUAGUGUAUCUAGUGUAGCGACCUUGUCGGAUCAUGAUCCCGUGACCACCACCACCACCACCACUGCCACUGCCAACAACAGCAACAACAACAACAAAGCCAACAUUACCACAAAACGAGAGCAGCCACGACGCUUGUCCAUUGCCGAUCUUUGUAACCCUUUGAUUAACGAAGGUGGUGGUCAUCGCAGCUCCAUCAUCUGUACAACUCGUACGCAACCAUCAUCAUUGUCAUUCCCAGCAACAAAGCAGAAACAACCCAUAAUGCUGGAUGACGGUGAUGAUACAAAGUCAAAGAAGAGCAACAACAGGCCAAUGCUGCUGUUGACACCCGAUGAAAUGGAAGCACUUCAGGCGUUUGGACGUUUGCAAAGAGCGACGACGCCUGACCUUUAUGAUUCGUUACGCGAACUCGUUUCCGACCGACAACAGCAACAGUGUCCCUGUCUUUGAGAAGAGCACAGACAUUCGCCUUAAAAAACCUGCACCACCUCCAAUAUCGUUUUCUGUACUAUAUCCUUUUAUCUUUUAUAAAAAAACAAAAACAAACGAACCCUCACUUUUUAUAUGACUGCUGUACCAUUUCUUCCCUUCUUUGUUUGUUUUGAAAUUAUUAUUAUUAUUAUUAGUAUUCUGUUCAUAGUUUUCUUCUUCAUGUGUUUAUAUCCCCCCCCCCACACACACACAAUCCCCG